AUGUUGUUGAAACGCUGCUUAGAUCAAAAGAUAUUUCUUUUCGCCUCACUUCUGUUUACUUCCAUUAAGUUUUCUCACGCUGAAAUUGUUGACAACGGAAAACUGGUCAUCUUAGAUGGCAUCAAUUACUAUGCGGGAGGCAUUGCCGUGUCGAAGCUUGUUCCCCUGCCAUCUUUUAACUUGACAUUCACCGAUGGAGAUCUCGUUCCAAUUACAGUCAUACGGUCGGACAAAGAUAAGUUCACGUACAGUGACAUGGAAGAAGCCAUCUCGAAUUUUACACAGUCGGACGAUGUGUUUCAGCAAGGAUUUAUGGAGGCCAUCUUCCUGAGCUACGAUGGAGACGGCCGAGGGCAUAUUGAGAUCUCAAACUUCAAUGAUAAGGUAUUACAUGCUUCGUCGAGCUACCAUCCGCAAGGGCACGUUGUGGGGGCAAAUCUCAACAGUCAUAUCCCGCAAGGUCCAUACUUUAUUUCGCCAAGUACUGGUAACAUUUAUGAAGCUUUCCGGCUCUAUCCUGAUCAUCAAUUAGCUUUCACUGAAGCAGCUAUCAGUGAUGGAAACGGCGGCUUCAAGCCAUUGCCAGCAGUUACAGAAGGUGCCAUGACCAAGAGUGUUGCUGUGCCUUCUCGAUUGUACUACACUCCCAGUUUGGACAAGCCUCUCGCCGGACUACGUCUUGGUGUCAAGGAUAUCUUUCACUUGAAAGGUCUUCGAACUAGUGGUGGAAAUCGUGCAUUCCAUGAUUUAUAUCCUCCGCGUAAUGCCACCGGCUCAGCCGUUCAGCGCUUGAUUGAUAUGGGCGCAGUAAUCGUGGGAAAGAUGGGAACUGUACAGUUUGCCAACGGCGAUAAUCCCACGGCAGAUUGGGUGGACUUCCACUGCCCCUUUAAUCCGAGAGGAGAUGGCUAUCAAGCUCCAGGCGGCUCCUCGUCGGGUCCUGGAGCUGGUAUGGGCUCGUAUGACUGGCUUGAUAUUGCCGUGGGUAGUGAUACAGGUGGCUCUAUGCGUAGCCCUGGGGGAAUGCAAGGUCUCUAUGCCAAUAGACCUUCAAUCGGAGCAGUGGAUCUCGAUGAGGUUCUUCCAUUGUGCGAUGCAAUGGAUACGGCCGGGGUUUUCGCACGCAAUGCACAGACCUGGCACACUGUGAUCCAUGCUUGGUAUCAAAACUUUACUGAUUAUAGAAGGUACCCCAAGCGGAUCUACUAUUCUAAUUCUUCUUUCCCAAAUGUGGAUACCGAUGCUGGUGCUCUUCUUGAAAGCUUCGUUGUCAAGUUGGAAAAUUUCUUGGGUACGAAGAGAGAGCGUGUGGAUAUCUCUACGCACUGGGAAAAUACACACCCCACCGAGGCACCGAGCAAUAUAUCAGAUCUAUUGAACACGACAUAUGCUACCCUCGUGUCGGUUUAUCAAUACGACAAUCUAGCUCUUCCCUUUUUCGCAGACUAUGCUAAGAAGCAUGACGGUCGCCGUCCCUUCAUCAACCCAGGGCCUUUGGCCCGAUGGACAUGGGGCCAAGACAAUGAAGGAGACACAGGCUAUCAGGUAGCAUUGAAGAAUAAGACCAUGUUCAAAAAUUGGUGGGAAUCAGAUGGGUUCGGAGUGGCUCACAAAGAGACCUGCUCUGAGGGAAUUUACCUGUACCCGUACACUACGGGCCAAACACAAUACCGCAAUGUUUAUUUCAGUGCUCCCACAGCGCCGCCAAUGGGUUUCUCUGACGGGCGGAUUGGACCACUGACAGGUGUACCUGAUUUCGUCGUGCCUAUUGGAGAGGUUCCUUACAAUUCUACUAUCUCUCUCACGACAGAGUUCAUGCCGGUGACCAUGAGUUUCUUGGCGUCUCGAGGCUGCGAUUUUAUGUUGGUGAAUCUCAUCCGUGAAUUGGAGGAGACUAGGAUUUUGAAGCCGGUAGAAACAGGAGCAAGGAUGUACCCUCAGUAG